UUCUUUUCCAGUCACUGUCUGAGAACGUAUCUGGAUCCCCAGGGCCUGGUAACCUAUUCGUCAGUCCAUAUUGUUCAUAGUCCAAGUCCAGGAUCGUGCCCGUCCGGGGGGACCAGUUUGACAAACAGGAAAUCUUAAGAUCUGUUGCAAGAUGUUGUAAGUCUUCAGGAAUGCUGUGCACUUGGUGUUUCUACACAAAGCCAAAGCAGGAACAUCCUCAGAUUGGAGUCCUUCGCGCGUCGGACGGAUCGAUGGCGGUUUUGGGCCCGGAUGUGAUGAAGCAGGUGCCUUUUUGUUGGAGGUGAAUCCUUGUUGUUCGAUGCUGGAUCUUUGAGCUUGAAUAUAAGUUGCACGAAAUGUGUUUCGUUUGGCUUUCAAUGGGUCAGUACCUGACUCUGUUGAUUGAAUAUAGCUGAAGGCCGAAGUGUUCUUGAACAUCAGCUCUUUGUUGCUUGUUCCUGACAAGGAGGUGCCUUGGGACAUUUUUUGGAGUUUUGAGGGCUACAUCUUGGUGGCCUGCAAUGCUGGAAUUGUGGCGGAAUGACCAUCCCACCUGCGCCACACACAGACGAACUCACCCCCUGCCUCGCAAGAUAUGACCGUUUUCAGCACGGUGAAUCCUGCUUCGCUGCUUCGCACGUGGACACCGAGGUCCGUCCGGAGCUUCCGGCGUCGCUGCGGGAAACCGCCGGGACCAAUCACGGGUCCUUUCUGUACUUGGAGCCCUCGAAGGAAAAUUUCUUGUACAAGCACAGCAACUGUUGGAUCUGCGGUGACUGGGUGGAGGUGGUCUUUGAAGCGACGGUGGCCGAUUUGCCACAGCUUGGCGACGACGUCACCUGCAGUGCCUUGGUCUCCAUCGACAACUUUUCGCAGCCGGUGCCCUUGACUCCAAGUCGACACGGCCUGUGGCGUGGCAGCCGCUUCCUGCCGCCCACGGAGCGGCUCUUGGUGAUCUUCCGGGUUGGCGAGGAGCUUUGCACUCAUCCAAAGCUACCCGUACGGACUCUCCAGAGGCCCCUGCAAGUGCCGAACCGCGGCGAUGGAAGCGUGUGCGGAGAGGUCAAUGUGCUACGGGUGGCGGACCUGGCGGAGGCCUUUUGCCUGGGCGUGCCACCGGAGGGCGCCGCGCACGUGUGUGGCAGCGCGGCGCUGUGCGGCGGGGCGCUCCAUGGGCCAAGGUUGACCAGCUCGACCAAAGCUGUCAGCUGAAAACAA